UAAUUAUUAGUGGUGUGUUUGUGUGUACAUGUAUGCCUAAUAAUUCUAUUCCCUGUUGGUUUGAGGAGUGUCUCUUUGUGGUAUAAACCACUAGAGGAAGAGAAGAAGCACAGCAAGACAACUACUGAUCAUGUCUCAAUCUGAGGGGGAAAAAGACUCAUUUCUGAGCCCUCUGUUAUGUAUUAAUGACCAGUUAGUUGAUUUGGAAUGUAGUAAUGACAUAAGCAUAAGUGAUGCUGUGAAGUCGUUUGAGGAAGAACAAAUCCCAGUAUUAUGUGAUUCAAGACUGCUGCUGUCUUUAACAGAAAGGUCUUCUCCUAUAGUGAGGGCAUUUGAUGAUUGGUUGGCUCAUAAUGAAGAAAGAGUAAUCCAGUCAGCUAUUUUGGCACAUCAGCUCAUCAGUGAAGCCAUUUCAUUGUCAGACUCACAAACUGCUGCCUUCAAAGUAGCAUUGACUAUUCCCAAAGUAUUUUUGAGUCUGCAUCACAGGACUAAAGAAGAUAUUUCAACAAGUAGUGACAUAGUAUUCAUUAAGAUUACUGAUAGCAAGAGAAAUUAUGAAUCCACCUGUUCACUGAGCCGUUUUGCUGAGGUUAUAUCAAGAAUAAAAUCUGAACAGGAUUACAGAAUUGACAAGUUCUUUGACUCUUCCUUACAUCAAAAAAACCAAGUUCUAUUGGGGAUUGCUAAUAUAUCCUGUGAAUGUCUAGCCUAUGAUACACCUUUUGUGUGGGAUGCACCUAUUGUCAGUCAGACGGGAAAGACCACUGGGAAAUUGAAAUUGAGAUUAGAAUGUGUACCAUCAUCAGAAAUGAGUGUAGGCUCUAAUUGCAGCCCUGGAGCAAAUGUUAAAUCAGAUAAGAAUGAUAUUACAGCCAAAUUUACAAUCAUGGAAGCCAGUGGUAUUCCAAUCAAUUACUCCCAUGAGCUUAGCUGUCUGUACCAGUUCUUGGAAAGAGAUGAGAAAUGUGUUGUUCCUUCACUUGAGUACAGGAAUGGAAUCCACCAAUUUCAGCACUCGCAAACAUUCAAAAUAAAUAAGGAAUUGAUGGAAUUCAUUGAGAAUGACACAUUGGGCAUUCAAGUAUGGGGAAGUUUGGAACCAAGUACCCUCAUUGUUGAAGAAUCGUUAUCUGAGAAAAAAUGUCACAUACCAAAGAAAUUAGAAAUUUGGGUAGAGAUUAUGGAACUGAAUGAUAAUGGUGAUUUCGUGCCAGUGGAAGUGAAAAAUAAACAAGAUGUUAAAACAGGUGGUAUCUAUAGAAUACAUCAAGGUCAAGUUCAUCGUAUUCAUGUUAAAGUGAUACCUGUUGAAGAAAUGGGAAAUGAUAAUACUAGUACAAUUACUAGUGCUGCAAUAUCCAGUGUAGCAAUAAGUGACUUACAAAUUAUUCAUAGUCACAAUGCAACGUCAUUGGACACUUAUCAAGAAGUAAAUGGUAAAAGUACAUUGAAUGAUAUAGUGAAGUAUCAAAGUACUGGUACAUCAGAGAAAGUUUUAAAAAGACAUUCCAUUAUUGAAUCAACACCUGAGAUUGCACCUCAAUGUAUGGCUCCAGCAUUAAACACUGAUCCUCUUCCAGGACUAGAGAAAAGGAUCCCUUUGUUAUUUAUCAGCCCAAGUAGCAGUGAGAAAGAGGGUACAGAAGACAAUAGAGAUGAUGUACUAUCCUUACCAAUUAUCAAGAGAAAUGAUAAUGAGCUAAGUACAGUUGUAUCGUGGGAUUCAUCAGCUCAUCAGUGUCUCAAUAAAGUCUCACAGCCUCAUGAAAGGAUAUUUGCUGUCGUUCAUGUAACAGUUAAAUUCAAUGAUCAUCCUACCUUUAACCUCCAACUAAAGAAAAAGAUCUGCUUAAAAGUUUAUAGGAAAGGUGGAUUUGGGGUGUCUCUCUCAAAGACAUUUACAAGAGCAGGCCUCAGAACAAAAUGUGGUGUGACAUAUGAAAUAGUAAAGAGUGCAUUCUCCAGUGAAAAACCUAGGAAUGAUAUCUCAAAUCCUACAUUCAUUGAGCUCGGAAAAGAUGAUAAUGCCAUCGACAAAAUCAAAUCAACUUUGGUACGUAUUGGUGAUGCCUUACUACUAGACCGCCUAAAACAGCAAGUAUUUCUAAUGGAGAGUAUAUCAUUGGAUGGUAAAGGAUUGAGGAAGCAUUUCAUUACAAAGCCUAGGAAAGCUCCUAUUGCAACAAACCUGGAUCUUAUGCAAGAUUCUAUAUCAGAAUCGAGCAUAUUCAUGAGAGAUGGUGAUUAUGAGGAUGAUGUAGAGAAUGGUGGUGGUAUCAAAGUGACACUGGUACGGAGGCUGAGAAGCACUAAGAGUGUACAAAAUAGGCUACCACUACCAUCAAAUGUUGUAACUACAAUUGUUGAUGACUAUUCUUCUGAGAAUAGUGAGACGCCUAAUGACUUUGAAACAGUGGAAGAUAAAGUCAUUGAUGAGGAAAUUGUAUUGGAGAACAAUGAAGGGAACACAAUGGAAGUUGUGUCUUCACCAGAAUGUUCAGAUAAAGCACAUGUGCUAACAGAUGCAAUAUUCAAAUCUGAAGAGAGUAAUGAAAGUGCUGCCAUAAGUAUUGAUAAAGAAAAUUCUGAUACAGAACCAGCUCAACAAGAGGCUGCUGAUGGACCCACAAUUGAUCUUGACAAGUGCCCACCUAAUUUGAUUAGCCAAACUAAAGAUAUGAAUUUGUCAUUAGCAGUAUCUACAUCCUCAGUUCACUCGUCAAUUUCAAACAAGGAUGAUGAAGGGAUAGAGUCAAUCAACCCUUCUAUAGCUACUGAAGAGACGGCUAUACAACAGGAUGAAACCUAUAGUUCUGAUAUUGUAAAUGAUGUUACUGAAGAUGCUGUCAGUAUUUCCGAUGAAGUUAUUGAUGUCCCUAUAACUCAAAAUGCUGAGGGAAUUGUAUCUGCUGUUCAAGAAGAUAAAGAAGGCAUUGUUGGUUGUAUUGAAGAAAAUUCUGAUCUCAUUAAGGGACCAGUAAUUAUUAUUAAUGAUGACAACAGCUCAGAAAAUCAAAAUGGCAUUAAUGAAAUACCUGCUGUAGAAGAAUGUAAAGGGAGCACUGUAGCAGUUCAAGAUAGUUUUGUUAAUGACAGUGAGAUAACAGAAGAUGAUGACAAAAAUUUUAAUUUGAAAACCUCAAAAGAAGAGCACAAAAGCGAUAGCGAUUUGGAUAUCGACAAAUUAACAGAUGACACCUCUUCAAGUAUUAAUGAUGAGUCAUGCCAUUUGAGUGAUAGUACAUCGUCUGACAAAGAAACUCUAAAACUGGAAGAAAAGGUAAUGGUUGAAGCCUCUGGCACUUUCAAAAUGGGAACAAUUAAGUUUAUUGGGAAAACAAAAUUUGCUUCUGGUGAAUGGAUUGGAAUAGAAUUGGAUAAACCACAAGGUAAAAACAAUGGCAGUGUCAGUGGUGUUGCCUAUUUUAAAUGUAAAGAGAAGUUCGGGGUGUUUGUAAGGAGGAACAAAGUUGUGCACGGUCCUUCAAAGAUGAUACCUUCUGUCAAGCGCACCAAACCAAAAAGAUGUCAAUCAUUUAACCGUCAAUCAUCAAAUGAAUGGAAACAAUUCUUUUAAUUGUAAUGACUGAAUGUGUUUAAUAAUAAGAUAUGUAUAAUGUAAGUGUCAAUAUUCAGUAGUGUUACAAACGUACAUGUAUAUCCUUAAAUAAAUGAAAUUUUACUUCAAUUUUGGCCCAAAUUUUACAGAGAU